GUUCUUCCAGCGCCACGUCGUGAGCCGCCCAGGAGCGGUAGAAAAACGCUUCCCGCGGCAUCCUAGGUGCCCAGUGAGUGAACAGGGGGUCCCGAGGGAAGGGAAGCUUGGUGAGGAUUCGGCCACGGGAAGCAUUAAGGUCCUCCCGAGGAGUGACUCUAAGACCACUAAGGUAACAGGUUAUCUGAUUGGCAUUUUGUUCUGGGGUGAUUUCUGACAUAUCAAGAAUUAUGUCAUGGAUCAAAGAAGGAGAGCUGUCACUUUGGGAGCGGUUCUGCGCCAAUAUCAUAAAGGCUGGCCCAGUGCCCAAACAUAUUGCAUUCAUAAUGGAUGGAAACCGUCGCUAUGCCAAGAAGUGCCAGGUGGAGCGGCAGGAGGGCCACUCACAGGGCUUCAACAAGCUUGCGGAGACUCUACGCUGGUGUUUGAACCUGGGCAUCCUAGAAGUGACUGUCUAUGCUUUCAGCAUUGAGAACUUCAAGCGUUCCAAAAGCGAGGUUGACGGGCUGCUGGAUCUAGCCCGACAGAAGUUCACCUGCUUGAUGGAAGAACAGGAGAAGCUACAGAAGCAUGGAGUGUGUAUCCGGGUCUUAGGCGAUCUGCAUUUAUUGCCCUUGGACCUCCAGGAGAAGAUUGCACGUGCUGUACAGGCUACUAAGAACUACAACAAGUGUUUCCUCAAUGUCUGCUUUGCAUACACAUCCCGUCAUGAGAUCACCAACGCCGUGAAAGAGAUGGCCUGGGGAGUGGAGCAAGGUCUGCUGGAACCCAGUGAUGUCUCCGAGUCCUUGCUUGAUAAGUGCCUCUAUAGCAACCACUCUCCUCAUCCCGACAUCUUGAUACGGACCUCUGGAGAAGUGCGCCUGAGUGACUUCUUGCUCUGGCAGACUUCCCAUUCCUGCCUGGUGUUCCAGCCUGUUCUGUGGCCAGAAUACACAUUUUGGAACCUCUGUGAGGCGAUCCUGCAGUUUCAGAUGAACCAUAGUGCACUUCAGCAGAAGGCCCGAGACACGUAUGCUGAGGAGCGGAAGAGACACCAGCUGGAGAGGGACCAGGCUGCAGUGACAGAGCAGCUGCUUCGUGAGGGGCUCCAGGCCAGUGCGGAUGCCCAACUCCGACGGACACGCUUGCACAAACUCUCCGCCAAACGGGAAGAGCGAGUCCAAGGCUUCCUGCAGGCCUUGGAACUUAAACGGGCCGACUGGCUGGCACUUUUGAGCACUGCACCUGCCUAAGUGAGGCUGGCUACUGGCCACUUUGCCCUGCCCUCUGCCUCAUGGGCCCCAAGCUUUUCUUUUCUUGGUGAAAGGCACCUCCCUGUUUUUGAUGACUUGUGCUUCCUUUGCUUUGCAGGCAGUCCCAAAGGCAAGGCCUACUGCCUAUAGACAGACUCCCUGGAGUUUGAGGGACAGUCUCCCAUGCUUCCACUAAGUCCAAGAGCAGUCACUGAUAAUCUGGAGAUCAGGGGAUCCUAACUCAUCAGCUGUGUUUCCUGUCCCUGUUUUUGGAUACACGCUCUUUUUCUGCUACCAUAUCCUUCAACACGCAGAAGAGGUCUUCACAAAACCUAGGCCUUUGCCCAUCCUGCCGGAGCCCCCACCAUGUUGACUUCACAAAAGAUUUGAGUCUACUGGUAAAUAACCGAUAGGCAGCCAGCAUUGCAGGGCAGGGAAGAACGGAGUGGGAAGGACAGGAAGAAAAUUUGCCCAUCUGCUGCUCCUCCCCUUGGCUCUCCACCUGGGAUUUGCUAUUGAAUCUCCACCCCUCCCACCAGUACAGACUGCUCACUGAAAGGCUCAGCGCCCCCAAUGGCUCACGGAAGCCAGGCGGGUGAUUACAAUCCAAUUACCUAUUGUUGACUCAGCCCACACAGGCUUACUCCCCCUGCAGGGCAUGGGGCCAGACUCCACUCCCCAGUGAGACCCAACCCCUCCAUGGCUACAGGGUAGCAGAAGGGCCUGCAGAGCUCCUAGAGUCUAAUCCAACACAGGCCAACUUGUAACACAUCAGGACUGAACAGAACCAAGCAUUUCCUGAUUGACUGUCCCCUUCCCUUGCCAACUCAAAUUGAUUUCCACUCCCAAUCUUCAAGGCUCCUCACAGCUCUUUGACCUGACUCGCUAAGUAGGUCCUGAGACAAUUUACUCUCAUCAUGGCAGAACUUAACUCUAGGCUCUCAGCCUGUGAGGGCCAGCACUGCCUUUCAGGAAGAGACAAGAUCCUAUCCGUUCCCUGCCUACCCAUAGAGCUGAGGAGAGAUCACUACCUUUGAAGAAAGGUCUGCAGAGCUAUUCCACUUCAGGUGCCCCCAGAGCAGUAAAACUAGCCAGGAACGCUGACCAAA